GUAUUACAUAACCGGUUAUAUAAGAGCGCUGCUGGUGCGCGCUAGUGAGCAGUUUAUGGUCCGGCAGGACGCAGAGAGCAGGAGCUGUAUCCAUCCACGAUAACCACUGACAUGUCCCCUGUGAAGCUCGAGAGUGCAGAUGAUACAAAGUCUGAUGACAAUGGCAAGGCCAAGGAAUGCAUCACCUCAGUAGUGAAGGGACUGGAGACAAUUGCACCUCUGAUCUGCUCUGUAGAAGAGACCCCUGCGCCAAUCUCCACUGAAGUACAAGGCACCAUUCCCUCCUGGAUCAAUGGCAACCUCCUCCGCAACGGUCCAGGAAAGUUUGAGUUUGGAAACACACACUACAACCACUGGUUUGAUGGGAUGGCUAUGCUACACAAGUUCAAGAUCGACGAAGGCCAGGUGACAUACAUGAGUCGGUUCCUGCACAGCGAUGCCUACAAGAAGAAUAGUGAAAGGGACCGCAUCAUGAUAUCAGAAUUUGGUACCCUCGCCAUGCCCGACCCCUGUAAAAACUUCUUCCAGCGCUUCCUGUCUCGCUUUGAGAUGAUGAAGCCCACGGACAAUGCGAGUGUGAGCUUCGUGAAAUACAAAGGCGACUACUAUGUCAGCACAGAGACAAAUUUCAUGCACAAAGUGAACCCAGAGAACCUAGAAACAUUGGAAAAGGUAGACUGGAGCAAGUUCAUUGCUGUAAAUGGAGCCACUGCCCACCCACACUGUGACCCUGACGGUACCACCUACAAUAUGGGCAACUCCUAUGGAAGCAAAGGAGCCCUGUACAACAUCAUCCGAGUACCUCCUGAGAAAACAGAUGCCAAAGACACCCUACAAGGAGCCAAUAUACUCUGUUCUAUUGUGCCUGCCAACAAGUCCCAUCCCUCAUACUACCACAGCUUUGCCAUGUCUGAGAACUACGUGGUGUUCAUUGAGCAGCCAAUUAAGAUGGACUUGCUGAAGAUAGUCACAUGCAAGCUGAGGGGGAAGGCUUUGAGCGAGGGCAUCUACUGGGAUCCCAAGCAGGAAACGGUCUUCCAUCUUGUUGACAAGUGUACAGGCAAGGUCAGCUCAGUGAAGUACCACACCAAAGCCUUCUCCACCUUUCAUCAGAUCAACGCCUUUGAGGAGGAUGGAUUCUUGAUGCUUGACAUGUGCUGCGCGGACGACGGCCAAGCCAUCAACAACUACCUCAUCCAGAACUUACGCAAGUCAGGAGACGCACUAGAUGAGGUGUACAACACCAUGUGCAGGAUUUUCCCUCGUCGUUUUGUUCUGCCCCUUCAUGUGACCAAUGAAACCCCAACAGACCAGAACCUGAACACUCGGCCUUCCAGUAAGGCAACAUGUGUCAAAAUCAGCAAAGAUAAGGUGUUCUGCCAACAUGAGGAUCUCUAUGGAGAGGACCUCCACGAGUAUGGUGGCCUGGAGUUCCCUCAGAUCAACUAUGGCAGAUAUAACACACAACCAUACCGUUAUUUCUAUGGCUGUGGCUUCAGACACCUGGUGGGAGACUCUCUGCUCAAGAUGGACCUGAAAGACAAGACACUCAAGGUCUGGUACCGGAAGGGUUUCUUCCCGUCAGAGCCCGUGUUUGUGCCGUCACCUGAUGCCGUGGAGGAGGACGAUGGUGUCAUCCUCUCUGUGGUUCUCACCCCGUCACAGGACAAAGGAACAUUCCUCCUGGUUUUGGAUGCCAAGACAUUUGAAGAGCUGGCAAGAGCCAACGUGCCUGUUAACAUGGCUUAUGGCUUCCAUGGUACCUUCAACACCUCUGCAUAAACCUGUUUCUGUUACGUUCAAAGUGUUUCUGAUAUUCAAUAUAAUAUAUGCAGUGUUAAUCAUUAUAACCACUAUAUUCCUGAUGGUACUGAGUUACUGCUGCUCUAUAUGCUGAAGAAGGAUGCAGUGUUCUGUUACUGGCUGAAUGCUGAUGCGGUACUGAUUUCUACAGUUUGUAGUAACAUCCAAUAGAAAUGGCAUUAAGACUGUUUAUCCUUUACUAAAUGCAAAGAUACUCGUAAUAUUAUUAUGAUUAUAUUCCUUUUAUAUCAACAUGAGACUGACAAACUGUGCUCAAGAAUACAGAAGAGAACUUGUGAGUUAUUAUACUGUAGACUCUGACCACCAGGCCACCCAAGUGCCAAAUGAACAAAUGAACACAUGCUUUUGUACUUUUUUUUUACACUUGAACAAUAAUUUUUACAGGUUGUAAUUUAUACACUCUGUUUGCCAUUAAAUUUUUACCUCUGUUUACUGUU